UCCAGCGUGGGAAUUCAGCCCGAGCCCAGGAGAGCCUGGAGAGGAGUGGGGAGAGCCUCAUCUUGGAGAAUUCCAUCUGGAUCCCAGAGAAUUCCAUCCAGAUCCUGGAGAAUUCCAGCCUGGGGAGGGGAGAGAGGAGUCAGGAGAGCCUGAUCCCUGAGAAUUCCAUCCAGAUCCCUGAGAAUUCCAGCCUGAUCUCUGAGAAUUCCAGCCUGAUCCCAGAGAAUUCCAUCUGGAUUCUGAGAAUUCCAACCUGAUCCUAAGAAUUCCAGCCUGGGAGAGCCCAAUCUCAAAGAAUUCCAGCCUGGAGAGGGGGAGGAGGAGCCAGGAGAGCCUGAUCUUGGAAAACCUGAUCCUAGGAGAUCCUAAUUCUGGGAUCACCUCAUCCCAGUGGAACCUUAUCCUGGGAAUACCCGAGCCUGGAAAAUUCCAGCCCGAGGAGAUGAGAGACUCUGAUCCUGGGAGCUCCUGAUUCUGGGAUCAGCUUAUCCUGGGAUCACCUCAUCCCAGGGGAACUUUGUCCCAGGGGAACCUUGUCCUGGGAGCACCCGAGCCUGGAAAAUUCCAGCCUGAGGAGCCGGGAGCUCCUGGGAAAUCCUCAUCCCACAAAACCGGGAGAACCUCUGGAAUCGCCUCCUCCUGGGAGAAACUCGUCCUGGGGGGGAUUUUAUCCUGAGAUCAUCGAAUUCUGGGAUCAGCUUAUCCUGGGAGAGCCUCAUCCCCAAAUCCCUUCGUUCCAGGAGCAGCUCAUUCCAGGAGUUUAUCCCAGAGAAACUCAUCCCAGGAUCUCCUAAUUCCAGGGAGAAGCUCAUCCCAGGAUCCUCUAAUUCCAGGGAGAAGCUCAUCCCAGGAUCCUCUAAUUCCAGGGAGAAGCUGAUCCCGGGAUCCCUUCAUUCCAGGAGCACCCAAUUCCGGGCUCUCCCAAUCCCAGGAUUCCCCAGUCCCUGGAGAGGCUCGUCUGUGUCCAUGGCUGAUCCCUCUGGAAUGUGGGAGGGGAUCCCUCUGGAUGAGCCAGGCCUGGAUAACGCUGGCGGGGAGGAAUUCCUGCAGGAAGUGUUCCAGGUGCUGCUGGAGGAGGGGGUGAGGAACGGCACCGACGUCACGGGCAAGGUGUGUGUGUGGAAGGAGCCGCAGGAGCUGCGGGAAUUGCUGGACCUGGAGCUGCGGGAAGAGGGGGAGGGGCGGGAGCGGCUCCUGCGGCGCUGCCGGGACGUGCUGAGGUUCAGCGUCCGCACCGGUGCGCUCCGUCUCUUCAAUCAGCUGUUCUCGGGGUUGGAUCACCACGCCCUGGCGGGGCGGCUGCUCACGGAGACCCUCAACACGAGCCCGUACACGUACGAGGUGGCCCCGGUGCUGGUGCUGCUGGAGGAGCAGGUCCUGGCCAAGCUCCGCGAGCUCGUGGGGUGGAGCGACGGCGACGGCAUCUUCGCUCCAGGGGGCUCCAUGUCCAACAUGCUGGCCAUGAACGUGGCGCGGUUCCGGCGCUUCCCGGAGAGCCGGAGCAGAGGGAGCCGCGAACUCCCGAGCCUGGCGAUCUUCGCCUCCAGGGAGAGCCACUACUCGAUCCUAAAAGGCGCCGCUUUCCUGGGAAUCGGCACCGACAACGUUCACCUCGUGCCCACGGAUGAGCGGGGGAAGAUGAUCCCGGAGGAGCUGGAGAAGGAGAUCCAGAGGGUCAAAGCUGAGGGCUCGGAGCCUUUCUUCGUCUGUGCCACCAGCGGCACCACCGUCCUUGGGGCGUUCGACCCCCUCCCCUCCAUCGCCGCCAUCUGCGCCCGCCACGGGCUGUGGCUGCACGUGGAUGCGGCGUGGGGCAGCGCCCUCCUGUCCCCGAAACUGCGGCACCUCCGAGGGAUCCACAGGGCCGAUUCGGUGACGUGGAACCCCCACAAGCUGCUGAUGGUGGGGCUGCAGUGCUCGGCCUUCCUGCUGCGGGACGGAUCCGGGCUCCUGCAGCGCUGCCACGGGGAGGGGGCCCCGUACCUGUUCCAGAGGGACAAA